AUGACAAUGGCAGGACUUCCUAAAAGUAGACAAGAGGUCAAUGCCCUAGAGGCAAGGCACCCUGGGCUAGUGUUCAAAGCGGUGACCUAUAAGAGAGAAGCAUACAAUGCCAACGACAUUGCGACACAGCUGCGAGAUCCGGGGCAUCCAGCACAAUACGCCGAAAUCACAAACGUGUAUGACACAGUGGACUCCAUUGAUGCCCUCCGCGUGCUCGCGGCAGGCUUGUUCGGAGCAAAGGCCCGCUCUCUUGCGCCGCUGAACUCAACAUGUUCAACCACUAUCAAUUGCUCCCCCAUCCGUCCUCUUACAUCUACCUUCUACCUCAAGGGCUUUAUGCAUCUCACUGACGAGCACCAUGAGUUGCUUGGCUUGACGGCAAGGAAUGGGGUCUUCUGGGCCUCGUCGAUUCUUCCUGUGGGGGAGGCGCUCCUCUGCGUUUGGAACCAUGGCCUUGAAAGCGACGAGCAGCUGAAGGCACGCUUGAAGGCUAAAGAAGACGAACUGCUGAAGGAAUUGGACCCUGGAGAGACCCGCGAGCUUGCCGCCAUGCAGCCCGGCUGCCUUUGGUUCGGAGUUCGACAAACUGAUGCGAACGUUGCGGCUUUCCACCGACUCUGUUCCGUAGCCUUCGGGGAAGAUUAUCUCCAACUCUUCUUGCAACACUCGGCGGAUGACAUUGUCCCACCGGCCGCCAUGCUCAGCUUCAUCAACCAGCUCUUACCCGUCGAGGCAGCAUGGUUCCUCGAGAUCUCAAUGGCGUUUCCCCCGGGGUUCCUUGCCGAGCAUGGGAUUGAUAUCAACAUCGGCCAGAGGUAUGAAUUGCAGCUCAUGGAGAGUUGCCCGGUGGACAUGCUUUCGCCGGCGGAGGCGGCCGCCUUCCGAGACGAAUUUCAAGCUUUGGGCGAGCUCUUCUCUGACCAACACAAGAGCACCGAGUUACAGUCGUUUUUGAUGCGGCUGCAAGCCCGAUGUGACACCGAGCUGCAUGCGCAAGUGCCGCUUGCAAACGUUGGCUUCCACUCCCGCAGAGAAGGAUCCGGAAUGCUAGACGACGAGGACUGGUCGCGUGUUGUUGUUGAGACGAAACGGUAUCCCUUUGCAACCGUUUUAGCGCGCUUUUUGCACGUUACGUAUCUCAGGCUGGAGAUUCCUAAGGGCAACGACCUCACCUAUCUCGUGCAUCACGGGAUUAGCCUGCUGAAUCUUGUAAGAGAGGUCAACGAAUAUCAAAGGCAGUGGAAAGUAAGUGGUACUCCAGGUUCCUUCGCGGUCGACACUGGUGUAGUGCUGGAGGAGUCGGUUGUUGUCGAGCAACCUUUGAAAGGGCCAAAUCAACAGGCGCUCGCGUGGUUCACGAGCACUUUAUUGAGGGAGAUUCUUGCCGUUCAGAAGUACUAUCUGUCAACAAAGGGACCAUUCAAAGGGACAUAUUACGGUCUACUUAGAAGGUAG